AUGUCCCCUGCGGGGGGCUUCAGUAUAGACCAGCUGAUGGAGCUGGCAGGUUUGUCUUGUGCAGAGGCCGUAUAUCGAAGUUAUCCUCCUCAUGCAGGCUAUCGGCGUGUGCUUGUGGCAUGUGGCCCCGGCAAUCAAGGCGGCGAUGGCCUUGUAGCUGCACGUCAUCUGAAGCAUUUCGGAUAUACUCCGGUUAUCUGGUAUCCAAAGAGAAAAGAUGCACCGCUGUUUCAUGGACUCGUUCAGCAGCUUCAAAAUCUAAACAUUGAGUUUUCGGAGGUAGACCAACUCCCAGGCACUCUUUUGCAGGAUUCGCAAGUUGUGCUCGAUGCUAUAUUCGGGUUCUCUUUCCACGGGGAACCUCGUGAGCCAUUCCGAUCUGCCUUGGAGCAUCUAGUUCAGGCGCAGCGAAAUCCAAGCACCAAGGUGCCUGUGGUAAGUGUCGACAUCCCGUCGUCGUGGAAUGUGGAUGCUGGGCCACAGGAGUCUGAGUUGGCCAAGUCAUUUAUGCCAGAUGUAUUGAUUUCGCUUACUGCACCAAAAAGUGGUGCAAGAUUUUUUUCGGGUGCCAAACACUGGCUCGGCGGGCGCUUUGUAGAUUCCGGGUUGGAUGCUAAGUACGAUCUUCGCCUUCCUUCUUAUCCCGCAACAUCCCAAGUCGUUGACAUUACAGGGGCGCGUCCUAUAGAGUAG